UUUCUUCUACAAUAAGUUGUUCAGUAUUUCUGCCACUUCCUCUUUUCCUCGUGAGCUGCACCUAAGCAAAUCAAGGAUGAAAACAAAAAUCAGCUGAUUUCAAUGGCGUAAAGCACUAUGCCCUUUUUUGUAUUUAUUUGUCAAACAAUAACAAAAUCACAUCGCUAAACACAAAUACACACACACACAUGCAUACAAAUGUGUUGUUGGGCAAAAUACGAGAGAGAAUAUAAUUUAUACUACCUACCACAAAAACAACAAUAGUGUAUUUGGAACUCUCACUUUUGAGCUUCGCUUCAUUUCAGUGAAAGUAGUGAAAGCUUUAUUGUAUAGACGCGCUGCAUGUUUGAGUGAGAAAGUGAGUGAAAAAGCACAGGAGGUGCCAAGCUCUGUUCCAACAUGCUUGUGGAACUUAUCUCUGCUCUGCCAUAUGAAUGAAACGGAUAACAUUUGUGCGAUUUCAAUUCAGUUCUCGAAUCAAUUUGAAAGCGUUUGGUUGCCUACAACGGAGGUGUUAACGCGCACAUACAGAGCAUUUUUCUGUCAGCAGACAACCAGACAAACUGGGAAUUUGUGAAUUGUGUAUUUUGUUGUUUGUUUUGAAGCCGUCGUACACACUCCUAUGUACACACACCAUGUGUAGUGUAAGUGGGCUCAACAAAAUUCAAAUUUCAUAGUACCAAAGUGCUUACGCGGCUGUUCCAUAGUGAAUUUCAAAUUUCAUAGCGUUUGAGCAAAAUAAAAUAAAAUAUAUACAGUGAGCAGAUUGUGCGGCACAGCAACCCAGAUUGCUUACAAAUCACUAUACUUCCUUUUUUUGAUGUGCGUGUAUGUGUAUUAGUAUUGUAUUAAAGCGGUUAUCGACGUUGGAACGCCGCGAAACCAGCUGGCGUGUUUGUGUUGUGGCAACGGUCUAUGUGUACUGCGGCGCGUAUACGCAACAUUUUGCGCUAUAGUCGCAGCUGCAAUCAAUGUUGUAUGUGAACAUGCUGAUUGAUUCGUGGUAAAUGCGUCGCUUUGGUUAAGCGGACUACUAUAAUAGCAAAUUUAAAUCAAAUAUUUCAAAUUUGACAGAGGAAAUGAGUGCUGAUUUCAAUGGGCUGGUUUCAUUGUGUGUUUAAUAUUCAGGCAAUUGUGGAUUAAAGCGUAUUUUCAGAGAAGGAUAUCAAGAUCGUAUAUUGCUAUAUAUUACAGUGCCUAAGCGGAAAAGCAGUUCUUCCAGCAAUGUGCCAAAUGGAAUGAAUAACAUAACCAAAGAUGUAAAGCAAAGGCGAAGCAAAUGCAAACCACUUUAAUAAAGUGAUAUUCUCUGAUGUGGAAAAUAAUGAUGACAUCUGCAGCAGUCGCAAAUGAUGCUACUCGCAACACAAACAACAACAACUGCAAUGAAAAGUAAUUCCAUUGCAUAGCCACAGGCGCAUAACGAUGUGAGCGAUUUAAAAAAAGAAUCUAUGUUCAUACAAACACAUUUUCAAAAGUGUGUGAAUCAAAUGAAAUCACCAAAAAUACAUUAAAUAUAAAGAAAAAACUAAAACAAAAACAACAAGAAUAGCUUAAAAAACACGCUUAAAUACAUGCUGAAUGCGCCUUUCGUCGGUGUUGUCGCCUAAAUGAAGUUAACACACUGUCAAAUUGGUAAAUUAUUUCUGCUGCUGACAGCUUUCUUCCUACUCCUCGAUUCCCAACAGUUGGUGGGUGUGCUUUGUAGUGCCGAAAAAGUUGCCACUUAACGUUUGAAUGCAUUGGAUGCUGAUACCACAGGGGAGCAGACAACGGUGACCGCAAUAAGACAAGCACAAGCCACUGCAACCACACACGUGACACCUGUCAGUGCAGUGCAGAUAGCUGAUAAGGUGUGCAGUAGGAAUAAAAACAACAACAACAACAACAGCAAGAAAAGUAGUAAGAAAUUAUUAGAAAUUUAUGUUGAAAUGGAAGUCAGCCGCAGACAUUUUCGCAAUUGAAGCAAGACAUUUGAGUACACUACUACUACAACGGAAGCUACCACCGCGAAAGGAGAUAACUUACUGCAUGCCCCAAGUAUUGCACACCCUAUUGACGGAGAAUUAAUGAGUACAGUGGAGGCAACUGAGACGCAACAGUUUCGCGCUGAGGUGACCAAUGCACAAGAGCAGCAAAAUGCGGCGCAAUUACAGCACAACUUAAUUACAACAACAGCUAACACAACUGAGUCAGCAACACUAACAGCAGGCACAACAACUAAAUUGGAGCGUUUUGGAAAACUUUCAGGUGGGCAAAAUGUUGCAAGUAUUGAGAGGGCGACGGAACGACAAAUGACACAUAAUGUGCAACAGCAACAAGUGCCAACACAAAAGCAACAACAACAGCGAAAAAAGCAAAUGCAUAGACCCCAACAGCAAUUUGACACAAUGCGCCAGCCAUUAGCAACAAUAACAACAAUUUCAACUAUAAAACUUGCUACCACUCAAGUACGCGCUCACAUAGCCACCGAAAUGAAGAAGUUGCAAAAGUUUGAAACCGAAAUGUCACAGCAACAGCUGUCAAAGCAACAACAACAACAGCGAUUAAAAUCAACAAACAAAGAGAAUAAAGCAAAAAGACCGCUUCAAAAACACAUAAACCCGGAGAUACGCAAGCAGCGCAAACAAAAGCCACUUGAAUUCGUACUGGGGCAACAACAGCAACAUGUAGCGCCGCAACAAUUGCUCACGUCAAAGCCACUGCCCACACGAAACCAACAACCACCACAACAAAAUGCAACUGAGUGGCGGCAAGUAGACGAAAAACUGCAACAGGAUGCACAGCACGUGCUCGCUGCGCAUGCAUCGCUGAGACAACAACAGCAUACAGCAGAACGCCGGCAGCAUGUAGGCGUUUUAAUACCAUCCCGCAUUUUGGACGUGUUGCAUGUACAGCAGGGCUUUUACAAUUUUCUGGAUUUCUUUCAUGCCAAUCUGCAAAAUGUCAGUGUGGAUUUUAUACGUGAUGACUAUAUAAGUGGCUUCAUUAAAUUGCUGGAACAUCCGAAAUAUACAACUGUGGUGAAAACCUUAAAUACCGGGAUUAAUCUCGCUGACGAUGAGUUGCCGCUGAACGGAAAAUCAACAGUGGCAGCAACAUUGCCAAGUCAGCGGCAAUCACAUCAACAGCAACGGCGACUGCAACAGCAAUCUGUUGUAACACCAGCACAGAUUAAUAAUGCAACAGCGGCUUUCGCGAAGGUUGGCGAAAUGAAAAAGUCAUCAACGUCAAGUAAUGCGCCACUUGUCGCCUACUGUCACUUGGCCGAGCAGCUGUCACGGGAUUUUAAUAAAACAGUACUCGUUUGGCCGUGUCCGCGAAUGAAGCCAUUAUCAUCACCGCGGGCAUGAACGAUGCCAGCACAUUACAACUGCUCUCGCAGUUGGUGGGCCUGCAACACACCAAAGUGCUGCUCAUCGAUGUGGUGGCCACGUCUUUCAACGCGGAGAAUAAUUUCUACAAGAA